AUGCCGUCGCGUCACCGACGGCUCGUGCUUGCGUAUGAUAGCAACCCCUUGUCCGACGGCAGCGUCCUCGCGUCCGCCUCCGCCCGCGCGGCAUCAUCAUUGUCCGCCUACACCACUGCGGCCGCGGCCGCACCCGCGGUGGCAGGGAUGGGUCACUUUGGACGCGUCCCAUCGGAAGGCCGCCGCUUCCACCCGGCUCCGAGAAGGCACAGCGAGGCGCGGUGCAAUCAGUGGAAGCACCAUCGGAUCAAAAAGAACGCCGAUGCUGCCCUACAGGCUGCGCAGACAGUGCUAGCUCUUUAUAGCGAGGCGACCAGGCGCGAGAUGUUCACUCUCGCGCCACAUCCCUACAACGGGGUGCAUUGUACCCACUUGCAUGUCGGCACGAGCGCGGCGCCGCAGUGGGGCAAACGGGGCAUCUGGGGCUAG